AAGUAGCAGAGCCCUGCAAGUAGUUCGUCUCAGCAGCAGCACAGUGGUCAGUGGCUAGGAGACAUACGAAAGUCACCUGGCGGAACAUGAAGUCCGAAUAAAGAAAGUAGCCUCCGUCAUGAUAGUGUACGUGCGGUUCAACUCCAGCUGUGGGUUCCCUGUGGAGCUAGAGGGCGGAGCCAGAGUGGCCGAGCUGAAGGAGGAGGUGGGGCGUCUGCAGGGGGUGGAGCCUCAUCAGCUCCGCGUCAUCUUCGCCGGGAGAGAACUGCAGAGCGACAGCACGCUACAGGGCUGUGACCUGCCAGAGCAGAGUACGGUGCAUGUGGUGCUGCCCCCUGCUGGCCGUGUGCGGCGUAGCGAGAUGGUGCUGCAGCAGCGUCUGGGGGGGGUGGAGCGUCUGACCCGACUGGACCUCAGUGCCUCCCGGCUGCACACCAGCUCCACCGGCCUGGCCGUUAUACUGGAGGACCAGCAGCACAGUCCAGACAACUCACUCACACACACAGAACCCAAGCCUCACAGUAGCUUCUUCGUAUUCUGUAAGAGUGUGUGUAAGGCCAUCCAGCCUGGGAAGCUACGCGUGCGCUGCAGAGCCUGCAAACAGGGCACACUAACACUCAGCCGGGGUCCAUCGUGCUGGGACGAUGUUCUUCUCCCUGAUCGUAUCCAUGGGGUGUGUCAGUCUCAGGAGUGUGAAGGCAGACUAGCGGAGUUCUACCUGAAGUGUGCGUCCCAUCCCACCUGUGACGAGGACACGUCCGUUGCCCUGGACCUCAUCAUGUCCAACGUCAGAGCUGUCCCCUGCAUCGCCUGCACAGACAUCAUGAGUCCAGUUGUGGUGGCCCAGUGUCCAGAUCGGCAUGUCAUCUGUCUGGACUGCUUCCACAUGUAUUGCGUCACCCGUCUGAACGAGCGGCAGUUCAUUCAUGACCCUGUGAUUGGAUACUCUCUGCCCUGCGCAGCGGGUUGUCCAGACUCUCUGAUCAAAGAGACGCAUCACUUCCAUGUUCUUGGAGAGGAACAGUAUGAGCGGUACCAGCGCUACGCGGCGGAGGAGUGUGUGUUGGGGAUGGGGGGGGUGUUGUGUCCUGCUCCGGGCUGUGGGGCCGGUCUGCUACCAGAAGACGACCGCAGGAGGGUGCAGUGUGAGCUGGCCGACGGGCUGGGCUGUGGGUUUGUGUUCUGCCGUGACUGUAAGGAGGAAUACCAUGAGGGGGUGUGUCGGCAGCAGUGGGCCCCAGCAACAGGGAGCACACCUCAGGGCUAUGUGGUGGACGAGGAGGCAGCUCUUCGGGCUCGCUGGGAUCAGGCCUCUCAGCAGACUAUAGACGAGACCACACGCCCCUGUCCCAAAUGCAAAGUCCCCAUCGAGAAAAGCGGUGGGUGCAUGCACAUGGUGUGUCCGAGGGCCCAGUGUAAGUUUGAGUUUUGCUGGAUCUGCCGCGUGGAGUGGAACAGGGAGUGUAUGGGCAACCACUGGUUCGGAUGAGAACCAACCCAUCUGGCAACACACAGCUACCCUAUCUGGCAACCCUCAGAGCAUCGCAACACACAGCUACCCUAUCUGGCUACACACAGUGCUGCGCAACACACAGCUACCCUAUCUGGCAACACACAGCGCUGCGCAACACACAGCUACCCUAUCUGGCAAUCCUUAGAGCAUCGCAACACACCGCUACCCUAUCUGGCAACCCUUAGAGCAUCGCAACACACCACUACCCUAUCUGGCAACCCUUAGAGCAGCAUAUCACACAGCUACCCUAUCUGGCAACCCUUAGAGCAGCAUAUCAUACAGCUACCCUAUCUGGCAACCCUUAGAGCAGCAGAUCACACAGCUACCCUAUCUGGCAACCCUUAGAGCAUCGCAACACACCGCUACCCUAUCUGGCAACCCUUAGAGCAGCAUAUCACACAGCUACCCUAUCUGGCAACCCUUAGAGCAGCAUAUCACACAGCUACCCUAUCUGGCAACCCUUAGAGCAUCGCAACACACCACUACCCUAUCUGGCAACCCUUAGAGCAGCAUAUCACACAGCUACCCUAUCUGGCAACCCUUAGAGCAGCAUAUCACACAGCUACCCUAUCUGGCAACCCUUAGAGCAUCGCAACACACCGCUACCCUAUCUGGCAACCCUUAGAGCAGCAUAUCACACAGCUACCCUAUCUGGCAACCCUUAGAGCAUCGCAACACACCGCUACCCUAUCUGGCAACCCUUAGAGCAGCAUAUCACACAGCUACCCUAUCUGGCAACCCUUAGAGCAGCAUAUCACACAGCUACCCUAUCUGGCAACCCUUAGAGCAGCAUAUCACACAGCUACCCUAUCUGGCAACCCUCAGGCUCCAGUCACAUUUUGUCAGGGAAAAAAGAACUUGUAAACUGCCGGUUUGAUGAGUAAAGAAUAAGUCCCCAUAAAACAUAUAAAACCAACACACAUACACACACACACACACACACACACACAACAAUCAUACUUGGUUACCUGUGACGGCCCAAGAAGGCAAGGGAUGGCAAAUGUAUUUAUAAGUAUUUAUGACGAGUGUUGGUAUGUGUUCCCUCAAAUGCUGUAAUCCAACAGUGUGUGUGUGUGUGUGUGUGGUGUGUUGGUGUAUGUUUCCUUAAAAGCUGUUAUCCAACAGUGUGUGUGUGUGUGUUCUCAAAUGCUGCAAUCCAACAGUGUGUGUGUGUGUGUGUGUGGUGUGUGUGUGUGUUUCCUCAAAUGCUGUAAUCCAACAGUAAACUUGAGGCAUGUUGUAAAAGAGGAACACUUGACCUUCGAGUUCAUCUCUAGACAAAUGUAAUGAAAUAAAUCUUUUAUUUCCAUAACU